AUAUACUAUGAGUACAUGAGAAAUUGUUUUUGUUUUAUCUUCCUUUGUUACAAUCAAUACUGCUUACUGUGAAUGCUGGGUCUUUUGCUUGAAAUUCAACGUAUGACCAGUACUGAUAUAAAAGAGCUGAGCAACUAACUUUAACGUGAAAUCACCAAAGGCUCAAAGGCCAUAUUUGCAUAGACAGCAGACGGGUUUACAUGAGCAGAGAAAUGUACAGUCAACAGAUAAUUUAGUGAAUGUGAAUCCAACAGAAAAAAUUGAAUUGGACUUCGAUACGCAAUGUACCUCGUUGGAAAGUGCUUUCAACACAAUACAGAGACUACUACAGGCGCCAUAAGUGUUCAACUUACAGUGAUGUCUGAAAAUGACAAGCCUACGCCUUGUAACAUCUAUGAUACGCCGACAACAAUCAGAUCAUUUUACGAUGUUCCGACUGCAUUAACAACUGAUGCGAUAAAGUCACCGACAACAGUUACAACCAAAAAUGUGACGACUUCAAUAUCCAGUGUUGAAAGCAAAACUAUUGGAACAGUAGGUGGUGAGCCAUCUUUGCAUAGACAGCAGACGGGUUUACAUGAGCAGAGAAAUGUACAGUCAACAGAUAAUUUAGUGAAUUUGAAUCCAACAGAAAAAAUUGAAUUGAACUUCGAUACGCAAUGUACCUCGUUGGAAAGUGGUCACGACUACGAAGUUAUAGACGAAGAAAAGCUUGAUCAAUUUAAUAAAGACAUAAUCGGCACUUUGGAGGGAAUGUCAUGUUCUGCGACAAGUCCACCAAAUACGAAUACACAUGCGUUGUCAUCAGUAUUACUGCCUGAUGCUCCACCACCUCUACCGACAGCACGGGUACCUAAACUAACAACUAAUGAACCUUUGCGUCCAAUACGUAUUGAUAAUAACUUGGAAACUGAAAAGGAUUACGUGAGCAUAUCAUCGGAAAGUUGCAGACAAAUAUUAAUACGAGGCAUCCCAGUAAGCAUGUCAAUUAAGGACGUGGGUUUUAGUUUUGAAACAGAAAUGCUAACUGUGGACGACGGUUUUGAGGACAUAAAGGUUGACAGAACUCAUAGAGAAGCCGUAAUUACAAUGAAGAACACGAACGCUGCAAACGAUUUGUUAAGGAGGGCAAAAUCAGGAGAAAAGUUUUCUCUUCAAGACAAGGAGGUGUCUGUUUCGCCAUAUUAUCAAGCACCACCAGAUCCUUUGAAGGUUUACAUACUGGGAUUGACAGAUGACACAACAACUGAUGAUAUUUCAAGAUAUAUAGAAAAAAUAUGCGGAAAGCGGCCUUUGGAUGUGAUCAAAGGGGGUAAAUCUGAAAUCGCAUUACUACGUUUUGAUAAACCUCAAGAUGUGACACAAAUGCAAUUAACAAUUGAAAAGAUGUCGCCGAAAGUAAACAAAUUAGCGGUAACUGCUGUAGAACGUACAAGAAGAGUCAGGAUAAGAGAUGUUGCUUUGGAAACAACGCCUGAAGCCUUAAAGCAUUACUUUGAAAAUGAACAACUUUCAAAAGGCAGAGUUACAGAAUCCAUUAUACAUAGAGAUCAUUUCAAGGAUUACAUUAUUACAUUUGCCAGUAUUGAAGAUGCAGAAAGAGUGGUACAGCAGAAAAUUCACAAUAUAAGUAAUGUAAGCGUAGAUGUAACUCUUUACUAUCCACUGCUUGAGCGGGACGAAGAAUAUAUUUUGAAAGUACCUGGUUAUGAAGUGUUUCAAAACUUGAAUAAAGAUAUAUGCAGAUUUCUACAAAUCUCUACACAGUAUAGAAAACGUUUGGAAGAAAUGGUGAAAAAUCAUCACGGUAGAGUUAUUUGGCCCGAUGAGAAACGUGAAGAACGUUUAUGUAUACAAUGCAUCGUAGAUGAAAACGACAUACUGGGAAUAGCUAAAGUCAAAGACUGGAAGCAAAAUGCAGCCGGAGUUGUAUCAGAAAUAUGCAAAAAGUUAUAUGUACAGUAUACGGACUUUGCACUUGAGAUAUUGGGCGAUCUGAGGUCCGAAAUAGAGAGAAUGGCAGUGUCGGAUCCAGAAUCAAAUUUUGUUCGUUUCGAAGAAAACAGGAUAGUUGUUGCUGGUAAAAUAAAACCCGUGGAGGAAUUAAGUGCGGAAUUAAAACGCUUGACUAUCUUAUUGGAAGGAGAUCUUGAUAGCCGUGGACAACCCUUAACAAAGAUUCUGAAAGUAAAAGAACACGAGAUGGAACUGUUUAAAGAAUUCAACUUUCAGGAACAAUUGACGGAUGUGAAUACUUCACUUAAAGAUGAAAAUAUAGUUUUCACGGGAAAAAAGAAGAUGGUAGAAGAAGCGAUUUUAGAAACCAAAGAUAUGAUUGCCCGAUUCCCAAAACAAAAUAUCGAAGGUAUUAACAUGUUUGAAAGCGGACUACUUCGGUCGAAGGAAACCACGAUGUAUGUGAAAGGAAAAAUAAAAGAUUCGAGGGUAAUUGGCGUUUGGGAAUUUUUAGAAAACGGUGCACUAGUUAUGUACAGUAAGACGUCAGAAGACUUAAAGACCGCGGUAAAUGUUUUAAAAUCAUCGUUGAAAUGUACAACAAUCAAAGUCGACUCCAGAAUUGGAAAAUAUUUGCAGCAGGGAGACGGAAAGAAAUGUCUUGCAGAGAUAGAACGGAUGUAUGAAGGUAUACUUAAUUUGAAGCCGUUUAAGGAUAGUGUGUGUAUAGUUUCUGUGGAUAGCCGACAUCAGGAAAUAAGGGAAGAGGUAGAUGAGCUCGUGGACGAGCAUUCGGACGUUGUAGAAGUAUUUCAUCUUGAUCCGGGAGUAUUUCGAUAUCUUUUCAGUUAUAAAACCGAUGUCAUUGACAAAAUCAUGAAGCAGUUCAAAUGUAAGUCUGUUGAAAUUGAAAUAAUAGAUAAACAGACAAGAAAAGGCUUUAUGAUCAGCGGGGAAAAAAAGUUUUGUAAACUUGCUGUCGUUGAACUAGAUGUUGUAGUGAACACUGUUACUCGAACAGAUUAUACCAUAAAUCGGCCUUUGUUCGACAAAUUUCUUCGAAGCCCCAAAGGCAUAAAUGAUCUUAAUAAAAUUGAAUUAGCUGAGAAAUGCGUAAUAAGAAUUUCGACUGCUGAUUCGAAAGCAGUUACUGAAAAAACAAGAAAUAGUGUGCUUGCAGAAUGUAGGAUUGGACAUUGUGACAUAAGAAUCGUGCAAGGUGAUAUAUCUGAGGAAGCGGUAGACUAUAUAGUUAAUCCAACAGAUUCAAUGUUAGAUCAUAAGCGUGGUUUGGGAUGCACACUGGUUGAUAAAGGGGGCUUCGAUAUUCAGAAAGCUUGCAAUGAUUACAUUCAGUCCCAUAGCCUGAAAGAUGGUGAUAUAUUUGUUGGCACUGCGGGGAGUCUUCAGUGUCGAGGAAUUAUUCAUGCUGUGGUACCUACCUGGAGAGACGGAACCAGCAACGAAGAGUCUGUCCUUAACCGUGUCGUAACACAAUGUCUAAAUGAAGCAGACAAAAGCCGUGUGGCGAGGAUUGCCUUCCCACCAGUCGGAGCUGGAAAAUUUGGUUAUCCAAAUGAAAUCAUUGCCGAAUUCAUGAUAAAGGCAAUAAAGAAAUAUCUAGAAGAACAUGGCACAGGAACAGAUUUAAGACACGUCUCCAUUUGUGACAUAGAUAGAGCUAUACCUCCACUUCUUGUGAAAGAGAUAGAAAAGGGGUUUGGGCAAACGAGUGUUAUGACACAAGAAUUACAAACUUACAGCGGUCAAAUAUAUCCAAAAGAGUCGGAUAAAAGAGAACAAUUGCUUACUCCGAUAACAAGAGAAAUUAUUACUGGAUCAAUAACAGCUCAAGAUACGGAUGUUAUAGCAAACUCGACAAACUCUAACCUUGACCUUCGGAUCGGUACAAUUUCACGAACACUUGCAAAGGAAGGAGGUGAAAAAAUCUCAGCGGAAUUGAAGGAAAAAUAUCCAAAAGGCAUAAUCGCAGGUGAAAUUGCUGAAACAUCAGGGGGAAAUUUGAAAUGCAAAGCAUUAUUUCACGGAGUUCUUGCGAAGUGGAAUAAGGAUCAAGAAUACGCGGAAAUGGUCUUGAAGUGUUUCGUGCGAAAUUGCCUUCUGACUUCACAUAAAAGGCGUUACAUGUCUAUAACCUUUCCCGUACUUGGUUCGGGUGCACUUGAGUUUCCACCAGACAGGGUUGCAGAAAUAAUGUUUGAGGCAAUAGAUACUUUUGAAGAGGAGAUAGCAGUUUCAUCCCUUAAAACAAUUCGGAUAAUAAUACAUCCGAAAGAUGAAAAGUCAUUUAAGGCAUUUGACGAUUACAAAUCACAAUUGGGCAAAAAGGGACGGCUCUCAAGAGUAUCCGAAAUAUCGCGCAGACAAAGUUGUAACGUAGAAAAUGUUUUCACGGAAAUCGCUGGAACAGUCUAUUCUACAACAAUUAGACAUGUUACACUGUGUAUAGGACAAGGGGAUCUGACCAAAGCUACUACUGCGGUUAUAGUAAACAGUGUUCUAGAAGAUCUCAAUAUGGAAACUGGCAACAUAUCGCGCGCAAUUUUAAGAGCAGCUGGGCUGUCAAUACAACAUGAAGCAAACAAUUAUAGAAAAUCUUUCAAGCAGUCGGGACUGGUUAUGACAAGUUCUGGGCGAUUGCUAUGCCAGAAGAUUAUACACGUCAAAGCAAAAAACAGUCUACCUGGAUGGAAAAAGGCUGUUACAAAAUGUCUCGCUGAGGUUGAGAAUUCGAGUUUAAACUCCGUGUCAUUUCCAGCCUUGGGAACAGGCGGCAAGGGGUUUCCUCCUUCAGAAAUAGCAAAAGCUAUGAUGGAAUCUUUUCAAGAUUAUAUUCUUGGAGAAAGCUAUAAAGGGUGCUUAAGGAAUGUGAAGAUUAUUGUUUACGAUACGAAAAUGGUAGAAGAAUUCGCAAAAGAAGCAAAAGUGACUGUUGAACAUUCUCCAAAGAAAUCAUUCUUUCAAGAAUUUAAGUUCUGGGGGCGUAAACCAACAGAAGAGACCGAAUGCUCGAGAAUGGUAUUUCACAUUUAUACCGAGUCACCAAAUGGUGUCACAGAGGUGGUAAGAAGAAUUGAAGAUCUUCACAAAGAGGUAAACAUAUACGUAUCAGAAUGUCGGACCCGAGGUAAACAAGACGUCAUCCUAUAUCAAUACAAUACAGAUAGUAUUAUAGGCGCCAGAAGUAUUGAACAACUUACAAUGAUGUCUGCAAAUGACAAACAGCCUACGCCUUGUAGCGAUUAUGAUACGCCGAAGACAAUUAGACCAGUUAAUGAUGUUCAGACUGCAUCAACAAUUUCAACAACUGAAUCAGAUGCGACAUUGCCGCCGGCAACAUUUACACCCAAAAAUGCGACGCCUUCAAGUUCCAAUGUUGAAAGCAAAACUACUGAAACAAAAGGCGGUGAACCAUCUUUGCAUGGACAACAGCCAGUAUUACAUGAGCAGAAAUAUGUUCCAUCAACAGAUGAUUCAGGUUAUUUAAUUAUGAACCCGAAAGAAAGACCUGAAUCAGACAACCCGAAAGAAAGACCUGAAUCAGACUCUGAUACGCAAGACAUUACUUCCUCGCCGGACAGUGGUCACGUUUAUGAAGUUAUAGAUGAAGAAAAGCUUGAUCCAUCAGCGUUAGUACCUGAUACUCCACCACCACUACCGACACGGGUAUCUAAACCUGACAAACUGUUGCGACCCCUACGUAUUGUUGAUUACUCGGAACCGAAAAAGGAGCAAGUGAGCAUGGUACCGGAAUGCAGACAAAUAUUAAUACAAGGAAUCCCAGUAAGCAUGUCAAUUAAAGACGUGGGUUUGAAUUUUGAAACAGAAAUGCUAACUGUGGAUGACGGUUUUGAUGACAUUAAGGUUGAUAGAACGCAUAGGGAAGCCGUAAUAACAAUGAAGAACACGAGAGCUGCAAAUGAUUUGUUAAAGAGGGCAGAAUCAGGAGAAAAGUUUGUCCUUCAAGGCAACGAGGUGUCUGUUUCACCAUAUCAUCAAGCACCAACAGAUCCUUUGAAGAUAUACAUACUGGGAUUGACAGAUGACACAACAACUGAUGAUACUUCAAAAUAUAUAGAAAAAAUAUGCGGAAUGCGGCCUUUGGAUGUAAUCAAAGGGGAUAAAUCUGAAAUCGCCCUACUACGUUUUGAUAAACCUCCAGAUGUGACACAAAUGCGGUUAAAAAUUGAGAAUCUGUCGCCGAAAGAAAACGAAUUCGCAAUAACUCCUGUAGAGCGCACCAAAAGAGUCAGAAUUAGAGAUGUUGCUUUGGAAACAACGCCUGAAGCCUUAAAGCAUUACUUUGAAAAUGAACAACUUUCAAAAGGCGGAGUGAUAGAAUCCAUUAUACAUAGAGAUGAUUUCAAGGAUUACAUUAUUACAUUUAACAGAAUUGAAGAUGCAGAAAGAGUGGUACAACAGGAAAUCCACGAGAUAGAUGAUGCAAAACUAGACGUUACAUCUCACUAUCCAUUGAUUGAUCAGGACGAAGAAUAUAUUUUGAAAAUACCUGGUCCUCAAGUUUUACAUAACUUGAACAAAGAUAUGUGCAGAUUUCUACAAACCUCUACACAGUAUAGAAAAGACUUGGAAGAAAUGGUGAAAAGUCAUCACGGAAGAGUUAUCUGGCCUGAUGAGAAACGUGAAGAACAUUUAUGUAUACAAUGCAUUGUAGAUGAAAACGACAUACUGGGAAUAGCUAAAGUUAAAAACUGGAAGCAAAAUUCAACCGGAGUUGUAUCAGAAAUAUGCAAAAUGUUAUAUGUACAGUAUACGGACUUUGCACUUGAGAUAUUGGGCGGAUUGAGGUCCGAAAUUGAGAGAAUGGAAGUGCCUGAUCCAGAAUCAAUACUUGUUAGUUUCGACGAAAACAGGAUUGUUAUUGCUGGUGAAAUGAAGCCCGUGGAGGAAUUAAGUGAGAAAUUAAAAAACUUGACUAUCUCAAUGGAAGGAGACCUUGAUGGCCGUGAACAAUCUAUAACAAAGAUUUUGAAAGUGAAAGAUCACGAGAUGGAAAUGUUUAAAGAAUUCAGCUUUCAUGAACGGUUAAAGAGUGUGGACACUUCACUUAAAGAGCAAAAUAUAGUUUUAAAGGGAAGAAAGAAGAAUGUAGACGAAGCGGUUUUAGAAGUCAAAAAUAUGACUGCAAGCAUCCCAAAACAACAUAUCGAAGGUUUUAGCAUGUUUGAAAGGAGUCUACUUCGGUCGAAGGAAACCGCGAUGUAUGUGAAAGGAAAGAUGAAAGAUCCGAGGGUAACUGGCGUUUGGGAAUUUUUAGAAGACGGUGCACUAGUUAUGUACAGUAAGACGUCAGAGGAGUUAAAGACCGCAGUAAAUAUUCUAAAAUCAUCGUUGAAGAGUACAACAAUCAAUGUCGACAUUAGAAUUGGAAAAUAUUUGCAGCAGGGAGACGGAAGGAAGCAUCUUGCAAAAUUAGAGCAGAUGGAUAAAGGUAGAGUUAGUUUGAAGGCGUGUAGGGAUCAAGUUUAUAUAGUGUCAGUGGAUAACCGGCAUCAGGAAAUAUGCGAAAAGGUAAUGAAGCUCGUUGACGCGCAUUCGAUUGUUUCAGAAGUAUUUCACAUUGAUCCGGGAGUAUUUCGAUAUAUUUUUACUUAUAAAACGAACGUCAUUGACACACUCAUGCAGCAGUACAAAUGUAUGUCUGUUGAAAUUGAAAUAAUUGAUAAACAGACAAGAAAAGGUUUUAUGAUCAGUGGGGAAAAAGAAUGCUGUAAACUUGCUAUUGUCGAAUUACAUGCAGCAGUAGAUACUGUUACUCGAACAGAUAAAAUCAUAAAUCGGCCCUUGUUCAGCACAUUUCUUCAAAGCCCUAAAGGCAUAAGCAGUCUAAAUCAAAUUGAAUUAGCUGAGAAAUGUGUAAUAAGAAUUUCGACUGCUGACACUCAAACAAUUACUGAAAAAACAAGACACAGAUCUAGUGUGCUUGCAGAAUGUAGGAUUGGGCAUUGUGACAUCAAAAUCGUGCAAGGUGAUAUAUCUGAGGAAGCGGUUGAAUAUAUAGUAAAUCCAACAGGUUCAAUGUUAGAUCAUAAGUGUGGUCUGGGAUGCACUUUGGUUGAUAAAGGGGGCUUCGAUAUUCAGAAAGAUUGCAAUGAUUACAUUCAAGGAUCCCAUAGUCUAAAAGAUGGUGACAUAUUUGUUGGCACUGCAGGGGGUCUUCCGUGUCAGAGAAUCAUUCAUGCUGUUGUACCUACCUGGAAAGAUGGAACCAGCAACGAAGUGUCUGUUCUUAAUCGUGUCGUAACACACUGUCUAAUCGAAGCAGACAAAAGUCAUGUGGCGAGCAUUGCUUUCCCACCAAUUGGAGCUGGAAAAUUUGGUUUUCCAAAUGAAAUCAUUGCCGAAAUAAUGAUUAAGGCAAUAAAGAUAUAUCUUGUAGAACAUGGAACAGAAACAUAUUUAAGAAAUGUCUCCAUUUGUGACAUAGAUAGAGAUAUACCUCCUCUCCUUGUGAACGAGAUAGAAAAGGGCUUUGGGCGAACGAGUGUUCUGACACAAGGUCAUAUACACCCGAAAGAGUCUGAUAAAAGAGAAAAAUUGCCUAAGACGAUAACAAGAGAAAUUGUUACUGGAUCAAUUACAGCUCAAGAUACUGAUGUUAUAGCAAACUCGACAAACUCUAACCUUGACCUCCGAGUCGGUAUAAUUUCACGAACACUAGUAAAAGAAGGAGGAGAAAAUAUCUCAGCGGAAUUGAAGGAAAAAUAUCCAAACGGCAUAAUCAUAGGUAAAAUUGCUGAAACAUCAGGGGGAAAUUUGAAAUGCAAAGCGUUAUUUCAUGGAGUUCUCGUGAAGUGGAAUAAGGAUCCAGAAUACGCGGAAAUGAUCUUGAAGUAUUUCGUGAGAAAUUGCCUUUUGACUUCACAUAAAAAGCGCUACACGUCUAUAGCCUUUCCCGUACUUGGUGCGGGUGCACUUGAGUUUCCACCAGACAGGGUUGCAGAAAUAAUGUUUGAGGCAAUAGAUACUUUUGAAGAGGAGAUAGCAGUUUCAUCUCUAAAAACAGUUCGGAUAAUAAUACAUCCGGAAGAUAAAAAGUCAUUUAAGGGAUUUGAGAAAUACAAAUCACAUUUCGGCAAAAAGGGACGGCUUUCAAGAUUAUCCCGAAUAUCGUGCAGACAAAAUUGUAAUGUGGAAAGUGUUUUCACGGAAAGCGGUGGAAUAGACUAUACUACAACAAUUGGACAUGUUACACUGUGCAUAGAACAAGGGGAUCUGACCAAAGCUACUACUGCGGUAAUAGUAAACAGUGUUCCAGAUGAUCUUAAUAUAGAAAGUGGAAAAAUUUCACAAGCAAUUGUUAGAGCAGCUGGAAGGUCAAUACAGUUUGAAGCGAAUGAAAACAAGAAAUCAUUCAAAGAGGCAGGUAUACUUAUGACUAGUUCUGGACGACUAUUGUGUCAGAAGAUUAUACAUGUGAAAGCCAGAAAUAGUCCAGGCAAAUGGAAAACAGCUGUCGCAAAAUGUCUUGUUGAAGUUGAAAAGUCGUGUUUUAACUCUGUGUCAUUUCCCGCCCUAGGAACAGGCGGAAAAGGUAUUCCACCGGCAGAAAUGGCAAGAACUAUGGUUGAAGCCAUUCAAGAAUACAUUCUAGGAGAUAGCUAUAAGGGAUACAUUAAAAAGGUCAAGAUUUUUGUUUACGAAAAUGAAAUGGUAGAAGUAUUCAAAAAAGAAGUUAAAGCUGUUCUUGAAAGUUCACCAAGGAAAUCUCUCUUUCACGAGUUUAAAUUCUGGGGUCGUUCGCCUUCAGACGAGAAUGAAUGCUCGAAGCUGGUAUUUCACAUUUAUACCGACUCACACAGCAGUACUACAGAUGUGGUAAGAAGAAUAGAAGAGCUUUACAAAGAAGUAAACAGAUCAGUACCCGAGUCUGCAGCUGCCAAAAUGUCGAACUAAAAGGUCAACAAAAGUGGUUUAACGUUUACUUUAGAUGUCUCUGAUGUUAACAUUUAAACUUUUAAAGUUUUUGAUUAAAUUGCAACUACAGAUAUUAAUACAAGUACAAUGAAUCUCGAUUUAUUUCGUAAGGAAAAUGUAGUCCAGUUUCUGCCACCUAGGCUUUAGAAGGAACCUAAAUAGAACAACAGCCUGCCCUAAAUCAGCAAAACAGAAUCCCCUUUUUAAAAUAAUGAUAUGAUUAAAUGCGACUAUUUAUCAACCGGCAGAAUAUACAUUUCAAAUCUAGAAUUUACAAAAUAACACCAGAUUUUACCCGGAAGACACAUUAGGUACUAAUCUAUUUUGAAAAUUCAUUAUUGGUUAUGAACACUGGUUAUAGAUCCGUUUUGCUAUUUCACAAGUUUCAAAGAAUUAAAGACCCGGCGAAAGGUAUGAAUAUAUGUAGUGAUGUUCGACGAAUACCUUCAAACUUUCAUUUCAUAUGAAGACUGCUGAGUUAGAGGAGGAUAAACAAAACUUCCGAAAGUUGUUGAUAUAUUUAGUACACGUACAUAUAUAUAAAUAAAUAAAUUAAUAUAAAUAGUAAUCACG